AUGGGCUUCACAGAGGUCUUAGAACAUGUUGGCAGCAUGGGACGCUUCCAAAUUGUCUAUGUGACCCUCGUCUCCAUUCCGGUGCUUAUGAUGGCUUGUCAUAUGAUACUGCAGAAUUUUACCGCGGGGACGCCGGAUCAUCACUGCGCGCCCAGCCGCGACGCUGUUCCCAGGAACUGGACUUCCGAAGAUGAGGCUCUCCUUGGGGUGUCCCUCCCCAUGGACGAGAACCGAAAGCCGGCAGAGUGCCACCGUUUCCGCCAGAAGCAGUGGUGGCAUUCGAACGGCACCGCAGAGAACGAAACCCAGAUGGAAACCGAACCGUGUAGAGAUGGAUGGGUGUACAACCGAAGCACCUUCCAACAGACCAUUGUGACAGAGUGGAAUCUGGUUUGUUCCUCCCGGACACUAAAGCAAAUGGCGCAGUCGAUUUACAUGGCUGGAGUUUUAAUUGGCGGGAUCUUAUUCGGAGGCCUCUCGGACAGAUUCGGGCGCCAGCCAAUCCUCUUGUGGUGUUACCUGCAGCUGGCCACAACCGGCACAGCGACGGCGUUUUCUCCCAAUUUCAGCGUUUACUGCUUCCUCCGCUUUCUCACCGGGAUGGCUUUCUCGGGCAUCGUGCUCAACGGCGUCUCUCUGUGUGUGGAGUGGACGCCCACCAAGACACGGCCAGUGCUGGGGACCAUCAAUGGCUGUGCGUACACCACUGGGCAGCUUAUCCUGGCCGGCCUGGCAUAUACUUUCCGAGAUUGGCACCACUUACAGCUGGUGGUCUCUCUGCCUUAUUUCCUGUUCUUCUGUUAUUCUUGGUGGCUUUCUGAAUCGGCUCGCUGGCUGAUAACAGCCGGGAAGCUCGAACGGGCCGUGACGGAGCUGAAGAAGGCGGCCAAAAUGAACAGGAAAGAGGAAGCUGCUGGAAAGCUAAAUGUGGAGUUCCUCAGAUCCAAGAUGAAGGAGGAAUUGGCCUCCAUGACCUCCAAGACUUCGCUGCUCGACCUGGUCCGGACGCCGACCAUGCGCCGCAUUUCUCUCUGCGUCUGCUUUGUCUGGUUCUCCACCAGUUUUGCUUAUUAUGGGCUGGUGAUGGACUUGCAGAAUUUCGGGGGCAACAUCUACCUGAUCCAACUCUUUUUUGGAGCUGUUGACUUCCCGGCGAAGUUUCUUUCCGUCUUCACAAUCAGCUACAUCGGCCGCCGGUUCACCCAAGCCGUUACUCUCAUCCUGGCUGGCUUAAGCAUCUUGGCCAACAUCUUCAUCCCUCAAGAUAUGCAAACCCUUCGGACGACCGUGGCCGUUUUCGGGAAGGGCUGCUUAGGCACCUCGUUCAACUGCAUCUACUUGUACACUGGAGAACUUUAUCCGACGGUACUUCGGCAAACCGGGAUGGGUCUCGGCAAUACCAUGGCUCGCCUGGGAGGCAUUGUGGCUCCGGUGGUGAAGAUGACAGGAGAAUAUGUCCCGUUCCUGCCCAAUCUUAUCUACGGUGCAGCUCCCAUCAUAGCUGGAAUUGUGGCAACCUUUUUGCCAGAAACUCGCAACAUCCCCUUGCCAGAAACGAUAGAGCAGGUGGAGAACAGGUGA